AUGGGCGGAAGUCUGUGGCCAUGGCUCGACGCCUCACGGCCUUUUCUGGGCAUGGUGUUAGCAGUAACAGCGUUAGCCACCAACAUGAUAAUAAGCAAAAUGGCCAUGUCUACUGGCACCAGCUUCUUCAUUUUAUCUCUUUACUCAAAUGCUUUGGCCACUCUCAUUGUAUUCCCUUGUGCCUUCUUCUUUCAAAGGUCAAAGCGACUCCCAAUGACGUUUCGUGUACUAUGGAGAAUCUUCUUGCUUGCUAUAUUCGGAUAUUUAGCAGAGAUUGGCAGUUAUGCUGGCAUAAACUAUAGCUCUCCAACACUAAGUACAGCUAUGUUGAAUCUUGUUCCAGCAUUUACUUACAUACUUGCUGUCAUUUUCAGGAUGGAAGUAGUAAAUUGGGGAAGAUUUAGUACGAUAUCCAAGUCCAUCGGGACUGUAGUUUCCAUUGCGGGGGCAUCUGUUGUGACUUUUUAUAAGGGACCGGCAAUCCUAAAUAAACCGCUAACAUCUGGCUCGACUAUGCAACUGCUUUUGUCAUCACAACAAAAUUGGGUUAUGGGAGGGAUUUUGCUUGCUGGUGCCUCUUUCCUGACUGCAUCAUGGUGCAUACUGCAGGCUUCUAUACUGAAGAUGUACCCUGCAGAGAUGAUGAUAGUUGCUUUUUACUGCUUGUUUGUGACGAUUCAAUCGGCAGCAGUUUCUUUGAUUGCAGAAAGAGACAUAACUGCUUGGAGAAUAGAAGCCAAUAUGGGAUUUGUCGCUAUCUUUUAUUCGGCAAUCAUUAACAUAGCAUUCCGACUCUAUGUGACCGCAUGGUGUUUGUGGAGGACAGGUCCCCUUUUCGUUGCCUUGUUUAAGCCCUUGACAAUUGUUAUUGCUGUAGUCAUUGGUGUCAUCUUUUUCAAAGACACUCUCUAUCUCGGAAGCAUAGCUGGGGCAAUCGUUUUAAUUAUAGGUUUCUAUAUGGUGAUGUGGGGAAAAGCUAAAGAAGGUGAGAUGAACAAGGGCACAGAAUCAUCAAGCAAUACUUCUCCUUUGUUGCAAGACAAACCAGCAGAAGUGUAA